ACCUGACCCACUCUGUGGUCAGGCAGUGACCUGGCACUACCUCGAUACUGUCCGAGUGACGGAGUUAAGGUUUGAAUGUGCCUAGGACGCCAUGUUAGCACAAUAUUCAAUGAUUCUCUCUUGGUGCUGUCUUGCAGGUGGGCUGACGCAAAAGUCUCCUUCAGACUCGGCCUGGGGAUUAAAGUCAGGGAUUCCCAAGCACGGUGAUGAGCAGCGAGAGCCACCUCAUCCCCUGCAACACCCACGCCAAGUGUUCACAGAUAAUGGCUGGCCUUGCGUGUUUCCCUUCCGGUUUGCGAGCAAGCUGCAUCGUACCUGUAUACCGCAUAGAAUGACCAAUAGGAAAUGGUGUGCCACCACCCCCAAUUUUGACAAGGAUGCACAAUGGGGUUACUGUGAAUGGAUCCAGCCACUAACACAUGAUUAUUGUGAAAGUGACCCCUGCUGGCAUGGUGCUGCCUGUGUCAAUAUCCCUCGAUACAACUUCUAUCAGUGCAUCUGUAAAGAUCCAUUCACAGGAAGGCACUGUGAGAAAGAAAAGUGCUUUGAAAGACAGCACCUGAAAUAUCAUGACUUUGGAAAGACAUGGAUGCGAAGUCUUCACGGUGACAUUGAGAAAUGCAUUUGUACCGAGGGUGGGAUUCAUUCUGAAAUUGUAAGAUCCAAAGCUUGCGGGACCAACCCAUGUCUUCAUGGAGGCACCUGCCAUGAGGUGGAAGACAGCGGUGAGAGUGUGUGUGAAUGCAGUGAGAAUUACGUUGGGGAGUUCUGUGAAAUAGAUACUGCUGCCAACUGUUAUGAAAAUAACGGGAGCUCUUACAGAGGGGCAGUGGCACGGACAGCCUCAGGGACUGACUGCCUAGCCUGGACAUCCAACUUUAUAAGCCCGGAGUUUAAUAUCAAGGAUGUGGAAGAACCCCUCCGCUUGGGUUUGGGUGACCACCCUUAUUGCAGAAACACAGACAAUGAGCAAGAACCUUGGUGUUACACACUGACUGAUGAUCAUAUCUCCUGGGAUUUUUGCGAUAUUCCACAGUGUCCAAAAGAAGAUCCCUGUUCUUCACAUCCCUGUAAAAAUGGAGGGACAUGCAUCAGAGACCCUCUGCUCAACUCUUACCACUGCCGCUGCCAUGAUGAAUUCACAGGAGUGAAUUGCCAGGAAGUGAAAUGCUUCGACAGUAGCCAUUACAGGUACUUCCUUAUUGGGGAGCGCUGGUUCCGCAUUGUUGGAGACGAGGUGGAAAACUGUGUGUGUACUGGCAGUGGGCCUGAGUGUGACAGCGUUCAAUAUGAAGAGUGCAGGGUUAACCAGUGCCUCCAUGAUGGUCAGUGCCGAGCAGUCCAGGAUGCAGAGGAGAUUAUCUGCCAGUGCCGGGCUAGCUUUGCGGGGAAAUACUGUGAUAUUGACAAGAAUGCUACCUGCUAUGAGGGCAAUGGGAUGUCUUAUAAAGGUCCUGAAGAUGAGAGUGCCUUGGGUAUUGAAUGCUUACCCUGGAAUGAGGACUUCCUGCAUGAUCAGUUGAACAUUAGUAGCCUGGAAGGAGCUCUCCAGUUGGGCCUAGGUGACCACUCCUACUGCAGAAAUCCGGAUGGUGAUAAAAAACCCUGGUGCUACAUAAUGUUAGACAACCACGUGUCCUGGGAGCACUGCAAUAUCGCAAAGUGUGGUACAAUGAGUUUCUGGUCAAAGAGAAUUCCUCCUAUUGCAAGGUAUACAGUGUCGAUAUUUCCUCAACAAUCACCCUCAUGUGGGAAACAGGCUCAGAAGGGCCCAAAACCAAGGAUUGUUGGAGGCUCCUCAGCCUUGCCUGGCUCCCACCCCUGGCUUGCCGCCAUAUACAUCGGAAGAAACUUUUGCACUGGAUCCCUUAUAUUCUCUUGUUGGGUUGUUUCUGCUGCCCAUUGCUUCAUUGACAGUCCCCUUACAUCAUCAAUCCGAGUUGUGUUGGGACAGCAUCAUUUUAAUAAAACGAGCAAAAACACUCAGGUAUUCGAAAUUGAGAAAUACAUUCUACACAGCAAAUACAAUGUGUUUGAUGAAACCAUACAUGACAUAGCCCUUCUAAAGAUGAAGAAGAAAAAUAAGCGCUGUGCGACCAAGACCAGAUUUGUUCAAACACUCUGUCUACCGUCUGUGACUGAUUCCUUCCCAGAUUGUACAGAAUGCCAAAUCGCUGGAUGGGGACACACUCAUGAAAAUGCAACAACAUAUCCUUGCACUUUGCAGGAAGCCACAGUCCGCCUCAUUCCCCAAGAAUUGUGCAGCAGCAAUUUUCUCUACGGCACUGAAGUGACACCAAAUAUGAUCUGUGCAGGAGAAAUGAUGAAAUCUGUCGAUGCCUGCCAGGGAGAUUCCGGAGGCCCUCUAGUUUGCUACAAAGGGGACACAGCAUAUCUGUACGGGAUCGUCAGCUGGGGAGAAGGCUGCGCUAAGAUGAACAAGCCGGGAGUCUACACAAGGGUUACCAAGUACAUCAAUUGGAUCUACAGGAAGAUCAAACAUAGACCAAAAUACAACCAGAAAGGCUAAGCUUGCCGGCAGGGGCAGUUCUUACUUCACCAGGAGCAGUUCUUACUUCAACCACCUCCUCCCCUCCUGCGCAUGUGGCAAUUGUAACUCUGGGAAAAACCGUCUCACAUUUUGGGUUAAUUACUCCAACCAGAAAAAGAAGAAUCCAGUGGAACAGUUGUCAACAGAUUUCUGACUCAGUGGGAGGUUGCCAAGCCUCCACGUUUCAGGAAUUUAAAACAAUUCCAGUGCCAUUAAAAAAUAAAUUGUGUCUUGUUUUA